AUGUUGUGCAAACUUGUAACUCUGUUAGUUUUCAUCACGCUGUCAUUGGCCUGGCGGCCGCAUCAUGAUUCCAGCAAUUGUUCAAUUGAAAAUGCCCCACUGCGCCAAGAUGUCAUUUACAACUGCUCGGGUAGGAAGCUUCACGGCGUUCCAGUCGACUUUCCAGACAAUGUCACGGUGAUCGAUUUAUCCUACAAUCGAAUCACCAGCAUAACGCCGGGUAAUUUCGCUCAUCUGCGUAAUCUCAGUCGCCUGUACCUGUCGGACAAUCGCAUAGGAAAACUUGAGUUGGGUGCAUUUAAUAAUAAACUCGGACAAUCUGACACUAUAGCAAAUGGCUCAUAUUCAAGUCCGUUUCGGUGGCUCGCCAAUUUAACGUACUUGGAUUUGUCUUCCAACGAAAUGGAAAAAGUUUCCCCAACUUUGUUCAACAAUAAUACCAAGCUACAGGUGAUCGAUUUAUCCUACAACCGAAUCACCAGCAUAACGCCGGGUAAUUUCGCUCAUCUGCGUAAUCUCAGUCGCCUAUACCUGUCGGACAAUCGCAUAGGAAAACUUGAGUUGGGUGCAUUUGUAGAUGUCCCUAAUUUACGAGUGUUGAAUCUACGAUCUAAUUACUUACGAAUGGAUUACGAGUCAUUUCCACGAGGCGUUUUUAAAAAUCUGUCCCAAUUACAAUGUUUUCUACAAACAAUCAAGACUCUUGAUAUUUCAGGUAACAAAUAUCUUGGAUUAAAUAGACUGGGAGGAGUUUUUUAUGGAUUACAAAAUUCAUCUUUAGAGCGGUUAAUACUGAAUGCAACAACGUCUCCAGAAGAUAGAACGUACCUCAACUGGAGCUGGACAUUUAGAUCUAAACCUGUGGUGCAGUUCGAACAGCAAUUAAUACAUGGACAGUUCAAGUUCAACUGUUUUUCACCUCCAAAUUUAGAGGUGGCUGACUUUAAUGACAACAACGUGCGUUAUCCACUCAACCACAUCAUUGUUCAUAACGCUACGUCUCUCAGGUUUCUAAACUUAUCAAACAAUAAUUUCUAUGAAUGGAAUGGACCAUGGGAAGUAUUAGAUAACUCGUUUCAGAAGAUGAGUACUCUAGACCUCUCAGUCACGUGCGCUUCUCAAUUUACUUUGACACUCGUGUCUGUUGUUGUUUCACUCGUUAUCGUUACUGUUGUCAUGUUUGCGGUGUAUUACAGAUUCAGAUGGGAAAUUAAGUAUUUCUUUUAUAAAUUACGAAUAAGACGCAAAGAAUACGAAGAAGUUCAUGGAGAUGAUAACUAUCAAUAUGACGCUUUCGUGGCAUUUAGCAAGGAAGACUACAAGUGGGUGUACAGACAACUGCGACCUAAGCUAGAAGACGCAGAAGCCGAAGAAGACCGACUCCGUUUAUGUCUUCAUCAUCGUGACUUCCUGCCAGGUGAAGACAUCGAGGAAAACAUUAUCCAAUCUAUCUCACAAAGCAGAAAAACAGUUUUAGUUAUAAGUCAGAAUUUCGUGCGCAGCAACUGGUGCUAUUUCGAAAUGAAAAUGGCGCGCAUGCGAUUGUUUGAAGAGGGAAAAGACGUCCUUGUUCUGAUUUUGUUAGAGGACAUUCCAUUCCGUGAAAUGAAUGACACUUUGUUUCAUUUGUUUAAGUCAAAAAGUUAUUUAGAGUGGUCUGAACACGAAGGUGCUCAUGACUUAUUUUGGAGAAAGCUAAAAAUGGUCCUGAAAAGAAAGAACGUUUAG